AAAUGAGCGUGCAGCCAUAGACACAUGAACACACUCAUUAUUUGGACUUUUGCCUGUAUGCAAAUAAGUUGGAUUGCUCGUACCCAGAGAUCUUCCCCAAUGUACAGAAAGCCCAGAAGUCUUUGCAGGCUUACACACGUAGGCCAUGUAGAGCAUGUGGGACGUUCCUGUUUCAUCUGAGUGAGGGAAGAGAUGUAGGUGGAAGUAAGUGGCCGCUUCUGCCAUUGGCUGUGACCAUCACUUACUCAUCAUAGAAACCAAGGUGCAGCCACAUCCUCAGCCAUAGAAGACACCAGAGACCCCAGAGAGACUCAGCACAAAAUCUCAUCAUGCCCAACUACAAACUCACUUAUUUUAAUAUGAGGGGGAGAGCAGAAAUCAUCCGGUACAUAUUUGCUUAUUUGAACAUAAAGUAUGAAGACCGCAGAAUAGAGCAAGCUGACUGGCCUGAAAUCAAAUCAAGUGUCCUGUUUGGCAAAAUUCCCAUUUUGGAAGUGGAUGGGGUUGUCCUUCACCAGAGCUUAGCAAUAGCAAGAUACCUGGUCAAAAACACAGAUUUGGCUGGAAAAACGGAAAUGGAACAAUGUCAAGUUGACGCUAUUGUGGACACGCUGGAUGAUUUCAUGUCACGUUUUCCUUGGGCAGAGAAAAAUCAAGAUAGAAAAAAUCAGAUGUUUACCGAUCUGCUCACACACGAAGCGCCUCAUCUUUUGCAAGAUUUGGACACAUAUUUAGGAGAAAAAGAAUGGUUCAUUGGCAACUCUGUAACUUGGGCAGAUUUCUACUGGGAUAUUUGCAGUACCACACUUUUGGCCUUGAAAUCUGACUUGCUGGAUGUUCAUCCCAGAUUGGUAACUUUACAGAAGAAAGUCCAAGCUCUUCCCGCCAUUGCUAACUGGAUACAACAGAGGCCCCAGACCAGACUCUAGGUGGUUCAGGCCGCCUCCGUGUUGUUCUUCCCAGUAUCCCUCAUGUCAGAUAAGGCAGCUCUAUCAGCUCACUAAAGAAUCCACAAUCCCUUCCUCCACCAAGGCUUUAACUUCUUCCAUGCCAUUUUCUGCUUAAAAAAUGCAUUUAGUGGAGUCCCUGCCUGCAGUGCUGGCAUCUCAUAUGGGUGCUGGAUCGAGUCCCGGCUGCUCCACUGCUGUGGCCUAGGAAAGCAGGAGAAGAUGGCCCAAGUCCUUGGGCCCCUGCACCCACAUGGGAGACCAGGAAGAAGCACCUGGAACCUGGCUUUGGAUCAGUGCAGUUCCAGCCAUUGUGGUCAUCUGGGGAGUGACCCAGCAGAUGGAAGACUUUUACUCUCUCUCUCUCUCUCUCUGCCUCUCUGUAACUCUUUCAAAUAGGUGGAUAAAUUUUCAAAAGAAAAGAAAAGAGAGAAAGAAAGCCUAGUUUACCAGAAAAAAAAAUGCACUUAGUUUCUAUAAUAUUUUUUCAGAAUAGCUUCCUAUCAUUUAUCAUUGAGGAGAAAUGGUGGCUUUCAACACAGAAAGACUUGACUUUCCACUGAUUCUAAUAAGCAUGAAUUUCAGUCACAAUAGUUUAGCUCCUCCCCCAUCACAAAAUGGUUGAGACCAGUUCCACAGAAUGUUAACCAUAAUUUUAUGAAAUGCGAACUUUCCUGCUAGCACUGCAGGCCACAGAUUAUUAUGUAAACAAGGGAUGCACAUCAUGGUCAGUGACCAGUCAUGACACUUCCUUCAAAGACACUGAUUGGUCACGGAACUUCUGUCAUUCACACAGAGACUGCAAAGUGUGUAGUAGUACUGCCUGCUUGUUUCCCAGGGGUGCACCAAGUUGACAUUUUAUAAAAAUGAAAGUCAAAAGGGAAUUCAUCAACAAAGAAGAAAAUGUGCUGUGGGGGGUGGAGCCACCACCUGCAGGGCUUGCACCCAUAUGGAGGCCAGUUCAAGUCCCAGCUUCUCCUCUUCUGAUCCAGCUCCCUCCUGAUGUGCUGGAACAGCAACAGAGGAUGACCCAAGUUCUUAAGCUCAUGCACCCACAUUUGAAGAAGCCCCAGGCUCUUGACUCCAGCCUGGUACAGUCCUGGCCAUUGUAGGCAUUUGGAGAGUGAACCAGCAGAUGGAAAUUCUUCGUAACUCAUUUCAAAUAACAUUUUUUUAAAAAAGUGCACAAAACAACAAAAAGUGAUAAUGCUGGGAUGAUAUUCAAAUUGAACGUAAAAGGGGUUACAGAAAAAAAACCUAGGGAUGGAAUUGUGCAUUGGAAUGUUUGUGCAUUGGAAGAAUGAAUGUCAUCAAAAUGUCCAUACUACUGAAAGUCAUUUACAGAUUCAAUGUGAUCCCAAUCAAAAUACAAACAACAUUCUUCUCAGAUCUAGAAAAAUCCAUGCUAAAGUUCACAUGGAAACACAGGAGACCCCAAAUAGCUAAAGCAAUCUUAUACAACAAAAACAAAGCCAGAGGCAUCACAAUACCAGAUUUCAAGGCAUACUAUAGGGCAGUUAUCUUCAAACAGUCUGGUACUGGCACAAAAAUAGACAUGUAGACUAAUGGAACAGAAUAGAAACUCCAGAAAUCAAUCCACAAAUCUACAACCAGCUAAUCUUUGACAAUGGCGCUAAAAUCAAUCCCUGGAGCAGGGACAGUCCUUAAGCAAAUAGUGCUGGGAAAAUUUGAUCUCCACAUGCAGAAGUAUGAAGGAAGACCCCUACUAUACACCUUACACAAAAAUCAACUCAAAAUGGAUCAAAGGUCUAAAUCUAUGACCUGAUACCACCAAAUUAUUAGAGGAGAACAUUGGGGAAACUCUGCAAGCAUUGGCAUAGGCAAAGACUUCUUGCAAAAGACCCUGGAAGCACAGGCCACCAAAGCCAAAAUAGACAAAUGGGAUUACAUGAGGUUGGGAAACUUCUGCAUUACAAAAGAUACACUCAACAAAGUCAAGAGGCAACUGAUAGAAUGGGAGAAAUUGGCCAGCACUGCGGCUCAAUAGGCUAAUCCUCCACCUAGCGGCGCCGGCACACAGGGUUCUAGUCCCGGUCAGGGUGCCAGAUUCUUUCCCGGUUGCCCCUCUUCCAGGCCAGCUCUCUUCUGUGGCCCAGGAAGGCAGAGGAGGAUGGCCCAAGUGCUUGGGCCCUGCACCCCAUGGGAGACCAGGAGAAGCACCUGGCUCCGGGCUUUGGAUCAGUAUGGUGCGCCGGCCGCAGCGCACCGGCCGCAGCGCGCCGGCCGCAGCGCGCCGGCCGCGGCGGCCAUUGGAGGGUGAACCAACAGCAAAAGGAAGACUGUUCUCUCUGUCUCUCUCUCUCACUAUGCACUUUGUCAAAAAAAAAAAAAAUUAUCUGUAAACUAUGAAACUAUGCAACUGAUAAAUGAUUAAUAUCCAGAAUCUAUCAAGAGCUCAAGGAAUUCAAAAACAAUGAAACAAACAAUCCAGUUGAGAAAUGGGCAAAGGACUUGAACAGGCAUUUUUCCAAAGAAGAAAUUCAAAUGUCCAAGAAAUAUAUGAAAAAUGCUCAGGAUCACAAGCCAUCAGGGAAAUGCAAAUCAAAACCACAAUGAGGGGGCUGGCACUGUGGAAUGGUGGGUUAAAGCUCUGGCUUGAAGUGCCGACAUCCCAUAUGGGCGCCAGUUCUAGUCAUGGUUGCUCUUCUUCCAGUCCAGCUCUCUGCUGUGGCCUGGGAUAGCAGUGGAAGAUGGCGCAAGUCCUUGGGACUCUGCACUUACGUGGGAGACCCGGAAGAAGCUCCUGGCCCCUGGCUUUGGAUUGGUGCAUCCCUGGCCAUUUCGGCCAUCUGGGGAGUGAACCAGCGAAUGCAAGACCCCUCUCUCUGUCUCUACCUCUCUUAGUAUCUCUGUCUUUCAAAUAAAUAAAAUAAAUCUUAAAAAAAAAAAAAAACACAAUGAGGUUUCACCUUUCCCUACUUAGAAUGGCUUUCAUACAGAAAUCAACAGACAACAAAUGCUGGUGAGGAUGUGAGGAUGUGAAGUAAAAUGUACCCUAAUCCACUGUUGGUGAGAAUGUAAACUAGUGUAGCCAUUGUGGAAGACAGUGAAAAUAGAUCUACCAUAUCACCUAGCAAUCCCACCCCUGGGAAUUUACCCAAGGGAAAUGAAAUCAGCAUAUGAAAGAGUGAUUUGUACCCCUACAUUGAUUGCAGCUCAAUUCACAAUAGCUAAGAUAUGGAAUCAACCCAGAUGCCCAUCAACUGAUGACUGGAAAAUGAAAUUAUGGUAUGUAUACACUAUGGAAUAUUCUUCAGUCAUAAAAAAGAAUGAAAUCCUGUCUUUUGCAACAAAAUGGAUACAACUGAAAACCAUUAUACUUAGUGAAAUAUGCCAGUCCUCCCAAAAUAUCAUGUUUUCCCUGAUCUGCAGUAACUAACAGAGUACCAAAAAUGUAAUAUAUAGGAGUGAAUUGACAUUUUAAGAUUCAAUGAUUGUUUGUAGUCCUUGUCUCUAUUCUUGAGGAUCAGUGUAGCUUUUCUUCAUAUUAUUUGUUGAACUCUUUAUUUAGUGUAGGGUUAACCUGAGUAUAAAGUAAACUGGAAGUAGAUCAUUGUAAAAAUUAGGAGAGGAAACAAGAGAGGAAGGAGGAGGAAGGGUGGGAACUUGGGCAGAAGGGAGGUUAGUGUUGGAAGUAUCCCUAUGUUACUAAAUCUGUAUAUAUAUGAAAUAUAGGAAAUUUGUAUACCUUAAAUAAAAUUUCAAAAAGACUAAACACAGAGCU